UUUCUGGUAAAGCUAACUCCGUAUUUUUUGAUUGUCGUGAUAAUCUACUGUCUGAUACUAUAUUAUCUUCUUCCAUUCAUUCUUACUUGUCAGCCAUACUUCCACAAGCCGCAAUCCACAUCUUCAUUUAAUUCUUAGGAAAUUCUAGAAUGUCAAAAUACAUUUUUAAGUGGAUUUCGUUUGCUACUAUGAGUUGUUCUUAAUUUCUAUAAUAUUUUCACCUUUAUCCGUUGCCACUGAUGUUCAUCCUAACCCGCUGAGCGUUUCCGGAAUCUAUGGAGAGUGGUGUGGAAUUCUAAGUCCCCACUCUCUGCUACUUGCUGUCAAUCCGAAGCUCUUGAAAACACCUGACAACCAAGCUGAUUAUUAUGGCCGUUGAAAAAUUACAAGAAUUCUGCACUAUCCGUCAAAAUUAUUCAAUUGCUUCUUACUCGUUACUUUGAAUUAGGAUUAGAAUAUGUUUUCAUUGAAGUAUAGUAACGGCUUUAGUUCAAGAUUUCAGCCCCACCGUCCGGAACAGUAAGCUUUAACGGAAGCUUUUCUUCUCCACCAAAAACUUUAGCAAAAGUUCUUUAUUCCUGCUAUAAUAUAUUAUAGGGUAAGUGCUUUGUUGGCAGGUUUUAAAAAAGGAGUAUAUAAGACAUAGAUCAGACCCUCUUGACUUCACAUACUGAGGCUGUUUUCUUACAAAUACAAAGUGCUCUGUUUGGUUUUAAGUUUUCUCUUACCGAGUGUUCUGUUCUGUUUUGAGAUGGCAAAGCUUCACAGUAUUCUCUCAUUGAGGCACUUCCUUGUGAUAUCCCUGGCUCUGAAUGUCAGUUUGAUACUUAGAAUGGUGUAUGAGAGCGAAGAAGGCAACGCCUUGAAGAAAACGCUGGUGGCUGAUGCUGAUAGAGAAGGGCAUAUUGUGCACAAAUCACGAUUGGCUAUAUCCUCUACUUCCUCUGUCGUCAAUUCUACUCGUGCAGAUCAUCCCGAAGACAGUGAAAGAGUAAUCAACCUUGAUCACGGAGAUCCAACAAUGUAUGAAAGAUUUUGGAGACAAAUGGGUGACAAGACGACUAUAAUAAUUCCAGGAUGGCAAUCCAUGAGCUAUUUUUCUGACUUAACUAGCAUUUGCUGGUUUCUGGAGCCUGAAUUUGCGAAGGAGGUAGUGAGAUUGCACAAAUUGGUGGGGAAUGCAGUCACAGAAGGUCGCCAUAUUGUUGUUGGGACAGGUUCCUCCCAGCUAUUUUUGGCUGCUCUUUAUGCUCUGUCCCCACCUGAUGCUGCUGAACCAAUCAACGUUAUAUCUGCGGUACCCUAUUACUCGUGCUAUCCACAAAUGACAGAUUACCAGAAAUCAGGACUUUACAAAUGGGGUGGUGAUGCUGAGAGUUUUGACAAAUAUGCUCCCUACAUUGAGCUGGUUACUUCUCCCAAUAACCCUGAUGGAUUUACAAGGCGAUCUGUGGUUAACCGAAGCCAAGGUCUAUUGGUUCACGACCUUGCCUAUUAUUGGCCACAAUACACUCCAAUUACAUCCGUUUCAGAUCAUGAUAUUACACUUUUCACUGUCUCGAAAGCCACUGGUCAUGCAGGAACGCGCAUAGGGUGGGCUCUUGUCAAAGACCCAGAGGUAGCGAAGAAAAUGACUAAAUUCAUAGAGAUAAGUACAAUUGGUGUGUCGAAGGAUUCUCAACUCAGAGCUGCUAAGGUUUUAAAGGUAGUGUCUGACGGCUGCGGAAGGAAAAAUCCCCAAGAUAAGGAAUCGUUCUUCCAUUACAGCCAUGACCUCAUGGAAAGAAGGUGGAAGAAACUAAGAGGAGCAGUUGAGGGAGGAAAUAUGUUCAGUGUGCCAAAAUUCUCUCCCUCGUUUUGCACCUUUUUCAGUAAAGAGACGGAGCCUCAACCAGGUUUUGCUUGGUUAAAGUGUGAUGCAGAAGAAAUAGAGGAUUGUGCUAUGUUUCUUAGUGAUCAUAAGAUUUUGACUAGAAGUGGGAAACUAUUUGGGGCUAGUCCAAAAUACGUAAGAAUUAGCAUGCUGGAUACGGAUGAAACUUUUGUUCAACUUAUAGAUAGACUAUCUGCCAUACAGGCGUGACAAUUAGAAAUUUGUAGCUGAUAUUAUAUGUAUAAUAAAAAAUGUGUCUUCGGAUAUAAUAU